UCCGGUGCCCUGCGCCCGGCGUCCCCGAGACCGGCCCCGACCCCAAACGCGGUUUCCAACCCGGCCCGUCCCCCCUCCCGCACGCGUGCGGCCUCCGAGAGCAUCGCGCGGUCCUACAUUUCGUUGCGGGUGACUCCUUUCCGCUCAGUGGUUAUGGUGCCGCCUGUGUACCAGGAGCCUAGUAUCAUGCCGAUCAAUACAAGAACGGAGAAGGAGUUGGAAGAAAAGGAGGUGUUAUGCACGCACAAAAAGCCCAAAGCUACAGGGUGUGUUGCCCAACCGCAGCAGGAAAUUGAACUCGCCAUUGAGAGUGAUAAUAAAGGGCAUGGUGAUCCUUCACCGAAAGAGUCUGCUUGUGUGGUGCUGAGCAAUGGUGAAGCAAAUGGUUGCAGUGAGGGGCAUGUUCUUGGCGGUGCAAAUGAAGAACCAGAAGCAAGUUCGAGACUGGCUCAACUCUGCAGUGCAAUUGGCUGGAAGAGUCCAACAUAUGAGUUUCAAGAACAUGGACAUGACCAUACAAAACUGUUCACAUGCAAGGUGAGUGUUCUUGUGGAGACGUUCACAGACACUGUUGUGGAGUGCAUCAGUGAACCCAAACCCCAGAAGAGAGCUGCCCAGGAACAAGGUGCUCAAGGUGUGUUAUGGACCCUCAAGCGCCUUGGUCAUGUGAAAUAGCUCUAGACAUGCUCCAUCAGGCGAGGCGCGGCGCGGCGCGGCGUCUGUCUGCCCUCUUGUUGCCAUCUGAUCCAUCAUAAGAGCGGUGUCUGCUCUUUCUUGAAUCCAUGACUCAACUUGUGAUCACGUUGUGAGCUGAUGCUCAUGCAUGAUUGAACCUGUCGCUCUGUCCGUCGUGUUUUAAUUUUAUUGCUUUAGUUCUCUAGGACCCUAGUUCAGUUGUAUUUCCAGUCGGCUGUAGGAACUCUUGGCAUUACUUUGUGUUAAGUUCUGCUUAAGUAA